CAGAGGAAUUGGGCCAAAGUGUGUGCACAUACCUGCUGGACCUGAGAGAGGUGCACAGGAGAGAUCAGUAUGGCUUGACCCCAUUUUGACACGGAACAUCUUACAUCCUUAGAAAACCUCUCUGCCCUGGAAAGGAAUGUGGGAGCCCAGGAAUGGCUUCGCGGAAGAGAUGACAGCCAGAGAAGACGGGAACAGCGCAUGUGCGAGCAUGGAACAGAGAGUCGCCUGCGGUGUGUUACUGGAACUCACUGUCUGGAGGGAUGAGAAAGCGACCGUGGAGAUUACAGACGCUCAGUUGCAAAAUGCUCGAUGUGUCCUGCAGAUUGAUAAUGCUAAACUGGCUGUUGAAGACUUCAGACUGAAGUUUGAGACUGAGAGGGGGAUGCGCCUAACAGUGGAGGCUGAUCUCCAAGGCUUGAGUAGGGUCUUUGAUGAUCUAACCCUAAGAAAGACAGACUUGGAGGUCCAGAUUGAAGAGCUGAACAAAGACCUGAUUCUCCUCAAAAAAGAGCAUCAGGAGGAAGUGGACGUCCUGCGCCGGCAGCUGGGCAAUACCGUCAAUGUGGAACUGGAUGCUGCUCCAGGCCUGAACCUCGGUGACAUCAUGAAUGAGAUGAGACAGAAAUAUGAAGUCAUGGCCCAGAAGAACCUUCAAGAGGCCAAAGAACAGUUUGAGAGACAGACGGAAGCUCUGCAGCAACAAGUCCUAGUGAACACAGAAGAGCUAAAAGGAACGGAGAGUCAAGUUACAGAGCUGAGACGCACCUAUCAGAACCUAGAGAUAGAACUCCAGACCCAUCUCAGCAUGGUAAAGCACAGCUCCCUCCCACUUUGCAAUCCAGCGAGUGUUUACCAAGUGUGA